UCUCCCCGCCACCUGCUGCUGCCACCAUGACCACCACCAUCCGCCACUUCUCCUCCGGCUCCAUCAAGGGCGCCUCCGGCCUGGCAGGCGGCUCGUCCCGCUCCUGCCGGGUGUCUGGCAGCCUGGGCGGUGGCUCCUGCAGGCUGGGGUCUGCCGGCGGCCUGGGCAGUGGCCUUGGAGGCAGCAGCUACUCUAGCUGUUACAGCUUUAGCUCUGGCGGUGGCUAUGGCAGCGGUGGUUAUGUCAGCGGUGGCUAUGGUGGCGGCUUUGGAGGUGUCGACGGGCUGCUGGUGGGAGGCGAGAAAGCCACCAUGCAGAACCUCAACGACCGCCUGGCCUCCUACCUGGACAAGGUGCGCGCCCUGGAGGAGGCCAACACGGAGCUGGAGCUGAAGAUCCGUGAUUGGUACCAGAAGCAGGCCCCAGGGCCGGCUCCUGACUACAGCUCCUACUUCAAGACCAUCGAGGAUCUGCGGAACAAGAUCCUCACGGCCACCGUGGACAAUGCCAACAUCCUGCUUCAGAUCGAUAAUGCCCGCCUGGCUGCUGAUGACUUCCGCACCAAGUUUGAGACAGAGCAGGCCCUGCGUGUGAGCGUGGAGGCCGACAUCAACGGCCUUCGCAGGGUCCUGGAUGAGCUGACCCUGGCCAGAGCUGACCUGGAGAUGCAGAUCGAGAACCUCAAGGAGGAGCUGGCCUACCUCCGCAAGAAUCACGAGGAGGAGAUGAAAGCCCUGCGAGGCCAGGUGGGUGGCGAGAUCAACGUGGAGAUGGAUGCCGCACCCGGCGUGGACCUGAGCCGCAUCCUGAACGAGAUGCGCGACCAGUACGAGAAGAUGGCGGAGAAGAACCGCAAGGAUGCCGAGGACUGGUUCUUCAGCAAGGUGGGGGCUGCCGCAGACCAGAG